AUGGCCAAAAAGGUGUUGUCGAUACAAUCACACGUUGUUCACGGGUAUGUGGGUAACAAAGCCGCAACAUUCCCAUUACAAUAUCGUGGUUGGGAUGUGGAUGCAUUGAACACAGUACAGUUCUCAAAUCAUCCUGCUUACGGCCAUUUUAGAGGAUUCCGCUCGACUGCCGAAGAACUGCGCGAAAUAAUCGAAGAAGGCUUAGUCAAAGGUCUUGGUAUCAAGUACGAUGCAGUACUCACGGGGUACCUUCCUGAUGUGGCAGGACUUCGCACUAUUGCAGCCACAGUAACUAAGAUGUGCAAAAACGAUCCUUCUACUAAAUGGAUAUUAGAUCCUGUACUCGGUGAUAAUGGCCGACUUUACGUACCUGAGGAGACAAUACCUAUCUACAAAGGAAUUUUAGAGCAAGGCGAGGUGUUUCUAGCGACCCCUAAUCAAUUCGAGAUGGAGAUUUUGACCUGCAUUACGAUCAAAGACUAUGACUCACUUAAGCGAAGCAUCAACAAAUUUCAUGAGCUCUUCCCCAGAGUCAAAUAUGUGGUAGUAACUAGUGUUUCUAUCCCUGAACUACACGAUCAUUCAUUCUUAUCAGCUUGCAGUGAUAAUAAGGCCAAGUCAGCUCAUUACUUUCAAGUUGAAAAGAUCGACGCGCACUUUAGCGGGAGCGGUGACCUCUUUAGCGCACUCCUGGUAGAUACUCUUUUGAAUGACGAAAAUGUAACGAUAGAUUUGCCUCUGGCCCUCAAUAAGGUGCUCUCGCUGGUUGACAGCAUCCUUCAAAAUACAUUUAAUAUUGUGAGCAACGAAACGUCUAAAAGGCCGCUAAAAAUUAACGACUUGAAACUGAUAGAGUCUCGAAACCUUCUGAGAGGCGAAAUAAAACCUAGAUACAAACCUAUAGAGCUUUAA